CGGCGCGGGGAGGCCAGUACCGGGCAGGCAGGGCGGGCUGAGCUCUCUACCCGCCUCAGCCGGGAUGGCAGGUGCCGGCGCUGCGGUUCCUUCACCCGGAGCGGUACCUCUGGGGCUAAACCGAAGGGAUAUGUCGUGUGGCGGCCGUUGGUCGUUGAGGAGCGGGGGAGGCUUCGGCCGGCAAGAAACGUUUUGCCGCGCGCCGGUGGAGGGAUGUCUGCUCGGUGUGUUGGUGGAAGUCCCAGGAGCUACGUAUUUAGUUUGAGGUUUGCCUGGGUGUUUCUCGGGAGUCUUUGAUCUCCGCGUCUGCAGCUAAAUAGUCACUUGGGGACUCGGUUCUUUGUAUCGCCCUGCUGCCUUCAGCAGGUGCAGGAUCCUGCUCCGGCCCAUCUCUGACAGCAGUCCUUCUCGGCUUCUUUCUGCCUGAUACUGUCUUGCAGUUACGUUUUAGGUAAAACCAGUAAUUCAAUAGCAGCGACAAUGUCCUUUCAACGAUUUCCCUAAUGCCUUAACAAGAAAUAACUUUAGAAUCGUCUUCAAAACGUAUUCAAGUUCUGUGAAACUGGAGUUCAUCCUUCAGGGAUACUGUGCUAAAACCUGUCAGUGGCAGAACUGCCAGAUAUAUACUGAAUUUUGCAUGCAUAAAGGACUACCUCUUUCUGACCUGGUCAUUAUCCUUGAGAAACUGAUGAAACCUUAGGAAAACGUGUCCCCCACUCCAAGCCCAUACCUGCACAAAGGAAACGUCUCAAGGACUGAAGUAGCAUUUAAUCCUAUGCCACCAUCUGGUUUGAGAUCCAGUCUAAAAAUAUUUGGAGGGAGAUUUAAGUGGUUCAACAAAUAACGCUCUAAUGGAUGACAGAGAAUUUCCACCAAAUGAUCUACAAAUAGACUCAAAGGAGAGUCUUUCAGCUGACUAUAGGGUGGAAAGUUUGGCAUCCAAUUUGGUUUCUUCAGCUGAUGAAAAUGAAAAUCAACUUGACAAUGAUGGGAACGAGGUUCUGACCAGUAGUAGCAUUGCUAUGGGACGACAGGAUAAAGGUGAGCAGGACAGCAUCAAUAACAAUGAGAAUAUGGACAGUGGCGACUGUACCCCAAGCUGUAAGGAAAGUGAGAAUGAGAGGAGAUCUGUAAAUGUCCAUAUGGACCCCCAGCUGGAAGAAAAGCCUAUUGCUGAAAAACAGCCAGGUGGAAAAAGAAGUCCAAGAAGCAAAAGAAACUCCAGUAAAAGAUCUAAAGGAGUUCCUACAGUGGGAACCACAGCAAUCAAGGAGGAAAAUACUCUGAUUACAGAUACAGUUUCUGUGCAUGCUGAAGGUGCUGUUGAAGCAAAUGAAAACUUUCACCAAAAAGAACAAAAACAAACGUUGCAGUCUCUUUUCUCUUUGCUCCGUGAAGAGGUUGAGCAGAUGGAUUCAAAGAUACUGCCCCUGUGUCUCCAUCAGAUAGCUGAGACCUAUUUUCAAGAGGAGGAAUAUGAGAAGGCGAUGAAGUUCAUUCAGCUCGAACGACUGUAUCAUGAGCAGCUACUUGCAAAUCUUUCUUCCAUACAGGAGCAGUGGGAAAGAAAAUGGAAAACAGCAGUUCCUAGUGCAGUUACAACACUGAGGAAUUCAGCUAAAGAACUGAGCGGUGAAGAGCUGGAAAAGCUUACUAGAGUUUGCUCUUCACAUCAACAGCCACAGGCAUCCAAAAACAAGCUAGUAGCUGCAGAAAGUACAUGGGAAAGCGGUUGUUUGCAUCAGUUAAUGGGAUCAAAAAAUUUAAAUGAAAGAGAAGCUGCUGCUUUUAAAUCAGGUACUGAAACUUGUCCUGGCAUUGGACCAAAGAAAGAAGAUAAACAGAUGAGCACUAGCUCUCCAGGUGAAAACAAAACUGAGAGACAGACAGAGGCAGGAAGCCUCUGGGUAGCUGCAGGAAAGGACCACAUGGAGGAGCACCACUGCAGUGCUGAAUCAACAUUGGAGCCACACACCCAGUCCACAGGGACAGUGGGCAGGCCUUCUUCAGGCUGUUUAUCGUCUGGGGAUGCUGGUAAAGAUAACAGUUUGCAGCUGAGAGGAAGACAGCUCUCUAAGGAUGCAGAAAAAAUAGAAGGCACAGCUGGGGAGCUUGGAGUGAAAGUCCCUUUUGAGCCAAUGGUAGAUGCUUUGGUUUUAACAGAUGCUGAUUAUAUGCCUACUGAUAAAGAUGUGCAGGCUGAUAGAAAUCUGCUCAGAUCAAAACAUGCUGCUGGCUCUUCAGAAAUUGCUAGUGGCCAGCUUGGAAAUAGUGAUUUAAAGCAGCAGCAGAAACAGCCUGAUGAUGAAAAAUCUUCGGGGGACAGAACUGCAAAUGUAUGCUCUGAGUGUAACAAAGUGUCUGAGCAUGAGAGUACUGCCCAUUCACGAGUAUGCAAGGAAAUACAGAGAACAGCAGGACAGGAGGAGAAGGUAAACAGUGAAGAACAAGAAGAUUUAUUUCUCAGAUUUUUAAACGGUAACAUAAUAGACACUGAAGAAUCAUUUGCAAACUUAGCAAACCAAGAGGACUUUGACGCUGUUCCAGAUAUUUCACCUGAACGAGCAUCUUACAACUCACUGGAAGCUUUAUCACUAGAUGACAGCUUUUCUUCUCUUGAUGAACUUGCAAGAAGGAUAGAGAUUGCUGAGAUUGCCCCAGCAGAAGGAUUGGUGUCUAUACUAAAGAAGAGAGAUGACAGGGAAGGAAAAACAAUUGCUCAAGUCCAGCAAAGGCAAACAAAGAGAAGAGUGCGAUUCCAAGAAAUGGAAGACACAUUGGAUCAAGAUGAAGUAGCUGGUGGCUCCUGUAUUUUGCUGAUCCUACUGUGUAUAGCAACUGUUUUCCUUAGCAUUGGAGGAACUGCAUUGUACUGCACCUUUGGUGACAUGGAAUCCCCUGUGUGUACGGACUUUGCAGCCAACAUGGAUUUCUAUUAUACCCAGAUACUGCGGCGUAUGGAAGAACUUAAACACUGGAUAGCCUUCUCAUAGUUGAAAUGAGCAGAGACAGCAUAUUGAAAGCUCGCCAGUGGUUACUGGAGAGGGUAGAAAAAAAUUGUGAUUUCAAGUUCUCUAACACUUGCCACCUGCAGAUGAUGUGUAUUUGAUGAUGUACUUACACUUUUACUUAGAAAUCAAGAAAAUUCUAGUUUAGCAAUCAGGUGGCAAAAUGUUCACAUUAUGCUGUAGCAGUGUGGUAUGGGAGAAUAAAAUGUUAUUGUCUUCACCCUUUUGAGAGUAGGCAAGUAGCUUUUCGACAACUUGAGCAAGUGAAGAAGAAAGAAGACAGUUAACUGUCUUCUAUAUGCUCUCCCUUUGCCACACAUUGUGUAAGCAAUCUCCAGAAGCUUAGUAAAAGGACAGCUUUAAUUUACAGCUGUUUGUGCAAACGUGUUGCCUCCAGCUAUCAUGCAAUAAGUUUGUGUUUUAUGGAAACUUUAUUUUUCUUCUAAGUCUUAAUAUUUUUCUCCAUCUUAUUCUCCUGGUGAGCCAUGUAAUUAUUUGGGUGGAGUGAGAAGAGUGCAGUGGCAUUCAUGGAGCCCUCAUUUGGUGAUUAACAGGCUGUCCCUGUAUCUUGUAGCUUACAGCAAACAUCAUGAGUGGGAUAAAUCUGCUGGCAGAUUUAACUAAAUUUUCUGGAACUUUACUCCCAGUAUUGUGUGGGCUGUUUUAGAAAUGGAAGGUUAAAAAAGAAAUCAUUGGUCUCACUAAACACAGAAACAAAAGUAAGAUGUUUAGUAAAUUAUUCAUGUUAAAUA